GGCGGAUGGCAGGAAGGUAUGUGUGAAUGUCACAAACUACUUUGCGCCACUGUUUGGGCCUUUAAAUGACCCAGACUGGGAAGGCACCACAGCCCCUAGCCCAAACACCUCUACAGUGUCCUUGUCCCCAACCACACAGAGGAAUCAAUGAGCAUGACACCAUCAAGGGAAUCAGGCGUGGAUUUGUAUAACUAUUAUGCGUAUGACUAUAAUGUGUAUGAUUAUGGUGGUUUCUCUGGUGAAGAACAAGCACGAGAACAAGCACCAUCAUCCCCAGGACCCCCAGGCUUACCAGGACUCUCUGGAUCACCAGCGCAACUCUGAAGACAGGUCAGAAGAUUUGUGUGGACCCCACCCAAUCCCGGGUCAUCAGAAUUCUGAAAAGAUUGCAGUUAUAGUCAGACUCCACUUGAGGGAGUAAACCUAAUUUCAAUGCAUCCUCCUGAAUGCAUCCUCCUCAAUGAUGCUAUGCUGAGAAAGUUGUGCUUUAUGAUAGAUACAGUAUUUGCACAGCAGGGUAUUGCUUUGACCCAACAGUUGUUAGUAAGUAGAUGUUGCUGCUGAUCAAAGAGCUAAAUGUGUCAGCCUUUUGACAUUUCAUAUCUGAAAAAGAUGUUUGAUAAGUAAUGACUGAUUCUUUCCACCCUGGCCUGUACUGGAAAUGUAUUAUUAUUUUAUUUUUGGAGGGUAUCUGAUUUCGGCUAACUGGACAACUAAACCGCUGAAUGAAAUGAAAAUCUAAAUUCAAAUGUAAUAUUUUAAUUACAGCUUAAAGUCAUUGCAAAUAAACUGCUCAGUGCACUCUCUACCACCAAUCUUGAGUAUGGUAGUUUCCUUCAUGACAACUGUAAUAUAACCUGGUGUUGUAAAUGCAAUACAACUAAAACAAAUGUCAGCAAAGAAAGUAGCAGACUACUUAUCAUAAUACAUAUGGUCUUCAUCUGUGAACAGUUAGUGAUUUAUGACUGAUCAGAGACCUUUACAGCAUGCUCAGGCAUAGGGUGAUAAUUGUUCCCUUUACAAUGUCGCCAUCUACUGAACAUCAGAAAGAAUAGUUGAUUCUCUUAUAAGAAAAAAAGCUGGUAGUUUGCUGUAGUUUUUGGAAUAGCCUACAUAACACAAGUCAUCAAGUGGAUCUUCUUGCACAGUUUGAGGAGAUCCUCGUUGCGCUCCUUGAUCUUCUCGUUUUAUGUUUGGUUCUUGAUCUUCAGCUGCUUGAAGUCGAUGAGGUGCAGGCCCUCGACGAGCUCCUCUUUGGCAUGCAGCGGGGCCUCGAGCUUGCGAUCCACCUUCUCCUGGCUCUGCUGCCGCAGCUCCUCGGCUUGCUGCUGGGCCACCUCCGAGUCGUGCCAGUGCUGCCACUUCAGGUCCUCCAUGAUGGCUAUAUACUUCUGGUAGCGCUGCUCCUGGUCAGACACGGCCUUCUCCUACUUAGGACGUGCAUCGUCACCCGUCUUCUUGCAAAAAUACUCCACCAGCUUGAUCUGGAGCUGACCGUUGACCUGGCCCCAGGUUGGGGUGAGGAGAGGGAUGGAAGCAAUACUGUAACAUCGGUUGAGGCGCAAUCUGUUGCCUGUUCCCCUGCAGUAUCUGGUGAGGCUUUUUCAGACUCCACUGCUCCAGCCUCCUCAUCCUCAUCUGCAGGGGUGUCAGGUUUAUUCUUACUGUCAUCAACAUUAGGGGAUUUGCCCUCCUCUGAGGGCUCUACAGCUUGUGUCUUCUGGAGUUGCUCAUUGUUCUUCAGCUCUAUGUUUUCAGUGUCAUUAUCUUGUUGCUCUGCCUCCCCAUCCAUGGGAAUGUAGUAUUCCUGACAAAAAAAAGCUAGAAAAUUACUUAAGUGUGUCAAUGAAGUCCCAAGGUGUAAGGCAACAUUCAAAUAUAUGAACACAAAUUAAUUUAAACACAGUUAUGUGUCAAGAAAUCCUAAACGUUAGUCAAUGAACCUAUUGGUGUUUUGAGUUGUCCUGGAAACUGAGCAUGUAAGCCAAUCACAGACCUUUGCGCUAAGCUUAUUAAUAUUAAUGAGACGCAGUUUUGAGACUCCAGUACGCAUGCCCUCCCCCCGCGACACUGCUGCUUCCAACAACAAGCAAGAAGCCAGCAACAUGGCCGACCUAGGAAAGAAGUACUGCGUAAACUGCCUUGCAGACGUUACGAAUCUGCGGCUUCGCUGUACUGACUGCCCAGAUAUCGAAUUGUGUCCGGAAUGCUUCUCCGCGGGUGCAGAAAUCGGUAAUCAUCGGCGAUGGCACGGUUAUCAGCAAGUCGACGGCGGGCGCUUCACACUCUGGGGUCCCGAAGCGGAGGGAGGAUGGACUAGCAGGGAAGAGCAGUCGCUACUCGAUGCGAUCGAGCAAUAUGGUUUUGGAAACUGGGAGGACAUGGCCACUCAUGUGGGGGCGUCUCGAACCCCCCAGGAGGUCAUGGACCACUAUGUCAGAAUGUACAUUCACGGCAACCUGGGCAAGGCCUGCGUACCCGAAAGCAUCCCCAACCGGGUGACGGACCACACAUGCCCCAGCGGCGCUCCCCUGUCCCCCAGCCUCACCACCCCCCUGCCCCCGCUGGACGUGACCCUGGGCGAGCAGCAGCAGCUGGGCUACAUGCCCCUCCGCGACGACUACGAGAUUGAGUAUGACCAGGAGGCGGAGAAGCUCAUCAGCGGCCUGUCGGUCAACUACGACGAUGAAGAUGUGGAGAUUGAGAUGAAGCGGGCGCACGUGGACAUGUACGUGCGCAAGCUGCGUGAGCGCCAGCGGCGCAAGAAUGUGGCCCGUGACUACAACCUGGUGCCCGUCUUCCUUGGGCGUGACAAGGAGAAGCCGGGCACGCUGGGAGUUGUAGGUGGCGGGGGUAGUGGUGGCGCCGUCGUAGGGGGAGGAGGAGCAGUGGGGACCCUUCUGACGCUGACCAAUCCCAUGGUGACUCCGGGUGCUGCUGCCGUUCCUACAGUGCCAAAGCGUAAGAUCACCAAGGAGGAGAAGGAGCAGCGGGUCAAGUUGCGGGGGAUGUGCCAGUUCAUGGCUCAGCGGGAGUUUGAGGACUUUUUCGACAACAUGCACAAGGAGCGCGUGCUGCGCGCCAAGGUACGAGAGCUGCAACGAUACCGCCGCAACGGCAUCGCACGAUUGGACGAGUCGGCCGAGUACGAGUCGGCGCGGCACAAACGGGAGAAACGCAAGGAGAACAAGAGCGUGGCGACCUCAAAAACAGGCCGCGGCGGAGGGCUCUGCACUGGGGGAGGAGGAGGGGGAGGGCUUGGAGGAGGGGCGGGAGGUGGCGGAGUUGGCGGUGGCAUCAUCAAAGAGGAGGGCAAGGACGGCGAGUUUGCGGCCAUCGAGAACCUGUCCGGUUUUGAGCUGCUUUCGGACCGGGAGAAGGUGCUGUGCAACACGCUCAACCUCAGCCCCACGCGCUACCUGACCGUCAAGACUAUCAUCAUCAAGGACCACCUGCAGAAGCGCCAGGGCAUCACCUCCAAGAGCCGCCUGCCCAGCUACCUGGACAAGGUGCUCAAGAAACGCAUCUUCAGCUUCCUCACAGAGAGCGGCUGGAUAUCCCGAGACGUGUCUUAACAGUCCAUCGAGUUUGUGGGAACUGGACUGGGAAGCGUCCUAACAAUGUGUGUAUGGAGUUUGUGGGGACUGAGGAUUAUAGAAGGAUCAUGACUCUGUUCUCCGUUGGAUUGUUGCGUCUCGGUGUCUUGUUAGAAACGAUGUGAGAUUUGCACUCGUAAGCUCCACAUGGACCAAACUACUGGAUUUUACCACCUUUUGUCUCGUUUUGUCCGACGUUGUCGACCACAGGACUGUUUGUGAAUAUGUACAUUGCAAAGAAUAAGGAUUUCACCUUUCUUUAAAAAAAAGUUUGGAACAAAUAUAUAUUUUUGCAUUUGAAUCCAUAUGAAUGAUAAUGUAUUCGUAUGGGUAGAUGAUACAGAGUCUCUGUAUUGCAACUCCAGUGAAGGAUCGCCUAAUACUGCUGGGCAAACCAGACAACACUGUUUCCAAAGCUGUUCUCAAAGUAUAAAUUGUUACGUAUAGUUUGCCUCCAGCUUCCUUGUAGCCUGGUCCCAGAUCAGUUGGUGCUGUCUUGCCAACUCCUAUGGUCAUUGACAAGACAACACCAACAGAUCUGGGACCAGGCUAGCUUCCUUUAAGUUAGGAUGUAGUUUUGGAGAGCACAAGUUAGUGCCUAUUCAAACAGCAAUACAGUCACACUGUGCUGGAACGCAGGUGGUACAUCAUCCUAUUCUUCCCAUGAAGAGAUGAAGGCCAGCUAAGCAUACAGGGGUCAGUAUUUGGCAGCUAACGCUCUCAUAGAGUACUGCGGUAAUCCCCAUUUUGACUCCUGUAGCUUUGUGGCGGUCUAACUUUGGCACUACGAGAGGAAUAGCCUAACUUCUCACUAUUCUGUUCCAUCCACUGCACGAUUUCUGAUUCUAGUAGGCUAUUUACUCUAGUCAACUUUAUGUUGACCCUUCCAUCAUUGCAUGCAAGAUAAAGAAAAAGAGAAACUUUUAAACGUUUAAAUAUGGGCAUUAACCAAUGACAUACGUACAAUCCUUAAGCACAAAUCAAAAAUCUCUUGUUUGCCAAAUGAGCAUGUAGGCUAUCACUAGUUUGCCAGCCCCUUGGUUUGGAUGUUACGGUGUUAACUGUGUGACGGCCUGUCAGACUGUUUUUAACCUCUUCAUGAAUAUGUGGUGCAUGAUUAUUGUCUUCUUAUCACCGGUUGCUUGCUGUUUUGUUAGCCAGUGUUUCACUUAUCCAAAGGGAGUAAAGUCAUAUUUAAAUUUUUUGAAGACCUACAUUUGCUCCAUCUACCUUCCUGGUUCAUUGUUUGUUUACAGUCACGGCAUUCAUAUAGGCUACUGUACACAUCACAUGGCCUUGCAAGUACAAUAUCAAAGGGCAGGAAUAAUUUGGUAGAGAAAAGGGACGACUGCCACAGAAAAGCUCGGUUGGUAUUAGACAUUGAUGUUUCCCAUUAUGAUAUCAAAUGUGUUUGUUCCAAGCACAGGUACUUUAAAGUGUCCACUGGCACCUUAUCUUUCUGAUGUCCAGGUAGCCUGUUUAAAAUGGAAAAGGUGAACUACAGCAGGGAUAUGGAUGUGGUUUGGUUGUAUAGAAACAGUGUUGAGGAGUAUCAAGUUUGACGCUGGGAAGUAGAUAUAAUGAUCGCAUACCAGAGGAGGCUGGUGGGAGGAGCCCGUCCUCCUAUAGCUCCUCCCACCAGCCUCUGUCACAUACGUAUAGGCCUUGGUGGCAUCCCCAUCAUAGUAUAUUUAUCAUACCACAGAAGUAAUAAAAGCAAUAUAUUUUAUUUAUUCUUCCCCAAAAGCUUGAGAGUAUCCAAACCCAGACACUGACAAGGCCCCUGGAUUCUCCCAAUCACCUACUUGAAGAUGUCUAUUUGUCGCAACAACUGGCACAGUUUACGAUCAAAGACUAGAUAUCCUUAUCUGUUUUAAGGAGAAAACAACUGUUUUAUGAAGAGUGACCCAUAACGGCAUCCUCUAUGAUUUCUUUUCACUUUCCUCUGCAGCCCGAGGGCUUUUGUACGCGUCGAUCAGAGAGGUGGCAGGAGAGCGCCAUUUAAAUGUAAAUUAAGUUUUGAAUGGGCAUCGGUUGACGGGGAGAGUUGGAAUACAAAAGUGGGGUUGAGGCUGGGAGAGCGAGGGGUGGGUGUAAGAAGUAGUGGAGUGUUCAAGGUCUAUCUCUCAAAGCAUAGAUUUUGGUUUGUGCUGCUUCUUGUUCUAUUUUCUCCUUCCUCUCCCUGUCCAUGUACUGACUCAUGAAGAAAUUCAACGAGGGAUUUUGCCAGCCCCAUUCCUCACUACUGUUUCUGCUGCAGGGAGCCAGUUGCCCUGCUUUCAGUGGUGGAGCUGGUCGGUCAGCCCAGUGUUAUAUUUAUUAGAGAACACGUUUUUGCAACGAAAAACAAGCAUUUCUUAUUGGACAAGGCCAGGUAGUCCCUUCCUGUUUCACCCAAUUGUCUUCUGUUUGGUGCCUACUGAAUGAGACCCAGGCUGUGGUAAGAGGACAGCUUGAGAGGUCAGAGUUCAGUCUAGACUCUAUCAUUAGAACCUCUAAAGUUGACAGUACCUAUUAUCAGUCUCUCAUUUCAGUUCCUGUCAAAGCUAGUAGCUAACUACUUCAACCAUUGUCAUAUAAAAAGUUCAGAAGACAUUAACACAGCCUGCUUCCCAUAGCCUUGUUUAAUAAUCAGGGUGUGCCAUUGCUGUGCCAAACCAUUUUACCUAUGGCACAGAUUUUAUGACCGAGGAAAACUCACAGUUAAGCUUCCCAUCAGUAGAGGGCAUUCAAUUUAUGGCAUUCGGAAUUGUUUCAGCCUAUUUUUUAAUGUACUUAUUUCUGUUCAAAAGAUAUACCAUUCUAUAGGUGGUUGAAAUUACACUUUUGUUGUUCUCUGAAACAGUACCAUUUGAUGCGAGCAUACAGGAGUGUUUUGCCUGUUUUUGCAUGUGAAGCCAAGUGUUCUAAAUAAUUAAAUGACGUAAACAGUCAAUUUUGGUUAAAAAUGGCUUGAUGCAAAAUGGCUUGAUGGAAAAUGCUUUCCAUUUGAAUUCUUUCUAAAUAUCAAUACUUUUCUAUGAGGGUGGGGAGAAAGGUUUUCUAUUUGACUUCUAUGGAAUUUUUUGCUAAAAUAUUUUACUAAAUGUACAUACUUUUUUGUAAGAAAUUGAAAAUGAACAUAUAAAUACUGACCUGUGAAAUGUACAGUAUUUUAUUUCAGGAACUUUUUUAUAACUUUAAUAAAAGAGAAAAACACUUCUUAAAUAUGUGAGCGAGAACCAUUCUAACAAGCCUUUUGGGUGUGUUGUCUUAGCAUGCUGUUAAACUGCUCAUGUGUAUCAGUAGGAUGCUUAGGAAGUCAAAACAUUUGUUGACAAUUCAGUGGUUGAAAAUGUUGAGGGGGAAUUUUUGAUGGCCCAUUCUUUGUGGUUGCACAGGACAUAGUAUGUUUUGUAUUAAAAGUGCAAAUACUUUAUA